AUGAGAAAAGGCAAACCAAGGCAUGUACCAAUGUUUUUGAGAAGUGAAAAUAAAAAAAUAUUUUUUACAUUUUUUUCAUAUUUUAUGUCCAAAAAUGACUUAAAUUUUAUUUUUGAGCAUUAUGAUAUUGGAUUAAUUGUUCUUACAAAAAUUCACAACAUACGGAAGAAAUACGAAGAUGAAAAAAAUAAUAUGCAAAGAGAGGAGAAUAAAUUGGAUAUAGAAGAAACAGAAUUAUUUGACGAAAAAGUGAGAGCAUUCUUCUUAAACUAUAAAAUAAAUUCUACUAAUGGCGAAAAAGUUGAUGAUAAAAAGGGAAAAAAUGAUAAAAAUAAAAAAAACAAAAAGAAUGAUUUAGAUAAUGAAAAAAAACAAGAGAACUCAAAUAAAAGAUCCAGUAUCCAGGAUAAUUCUAGUAUUCAUGAAAAUUCAAAAAUAGAGGAAAAUAAAUCACCUAGCGAUUAUAAUGAAUCGCAUUAUCUAAAGAUAAAGGACAAAAUAAAUGAUACAAUAAAUGACAAAAACUCCAGAAAUCAUAAUGAUAAUAAUGAUAUUCAAAGAUCCGAAGAAGGUAUUGAUAAUAAGAAACUGUGUAUAAAAAAUGUAAAAUCAGAAUUGGAUAAAUGCAAUAACACAAAUCAUUCUUUCACGCAAGACAAAUAUGAACAUUCAGACAACAGAAAUGGAAUUACUGAAAAUAAAAAUGCACUGUCUAACAUAAAUAAUUUAACUCAAGAAAUCUACGAACAAGUAGAAGAAAAAAAUAAUAAUGAAAGAGUAAAUGGAAAUAAUGUAAAAAUAGAAAAAGAAGACAAAAACAAAGAGAAAAAAAUUAUGGUAAGUAGAGACGAAAUAUCCAAAAAUAUAAAUGUAGAAAAACAGGAAAAUGAAGAAAUAGUAAUGAACAAGGAAGACAUUGACAAAAAACAACAAGAAUGUCAUCAUGAUCCAAUACAUCAGAUGAUACAACAUGUUAAAAAGGAAAGUAUUAUAAAUGGGUUAAACAUAAAAGAACAUAAUAAUAACAAUAUAAGGGAAAAGGAUAUAGAUCAAGAAGAAAUAAAUAUAGAAAAAGAAGCAGAUGAUGUUAUCUUUCCUAUAAGAAAACAAAAUGAAACAUACAAAAAAUUUAGCAAAAGGAUUAACAGAAAAAAAAUAAAUGAAUUUAUAGAUUAUCAUGAUGAGCACUGUUUUUACAUUACUGAUUUAUGUAAAAAAGGUACGAUGCUCUCAUUAAAGAAAAAUGAGUUAAUAAAUCAUAAGGGCAAUAAAUAUAAAUUUUCUUUAUACCCAAAAUUUAUUAAUACAUUAGGAACUAACCAAAACAUCUCAUUUAAUAAUGAACUGCAGGCAUUAAAUAACAGGUUCAUGAAUGCAAAACUAUGUAAAAGACAACUUAACGAAAAAAAUUUUAAUGAAUUAAAUAACAUACAAAUGAAUAAAAACAAAAUAUCCAGUCAUUCAUGGACUCCAAUUAACGAACAUAUUACUGUACAAAACCUUUUACAAGCAUAUGAUAACUGUAAUAAUAAUGCUUAUAGUAACAAUAACAAUAACAAUAACAACAAUAGUAAUAGUAGUAGUAAUAAUAGACAUGUAUACAAUUUAAAUAAUGUAGAAAACUUGCUAUAUGCAUACAACCACUUAAACGGAAAAAGUUUACAUAAUGCCAUUUAUACUGCAAAUUUAGAACAAUCAUAUACGCGAAAUCCAGUCAUUGAAAAUGAUACAAGUUAUAUUAACUUAAACUAUAGUAACGAUAACUAUUUUAGAAAUCAAUUAGAAGUAAAUUCAGAAGAAAACAAUUCCGAUCUUCUCUGUAACUCUCCAUAUAUUGUGAAUGAUAAAAGAAAAUCCUAUUUAAAAUUCGAAAUAACAGAAAACGCAUUUCCAAAUAAAUAUGAAAAAAAAAAUAAAACUGAAAAUAUCACAAAAAUAGAACAUCAAAAUGAACAAGACGAGGAAAAACAGUACAAUUUUAUGAAUUAUGAAACCAGUAAAGUCAAAAAUGAACAUAUAAGCACAAUUGGUAAUUAUAGUCAAGAUACAACAAAUAAUGUAAUCGAUCGUAAUUCUGAUUCAAAUGAUAUUGGAAUGGUACAAAAUUAUUUUAAUGAAGUGCAAAGUCUCUACACAAAUGCUAAUUCGGAAAAGAACAUAUACAAUAAUAUUAAUAAUAGUAGUAACAAUAAUAGUAAUAGUAAUAAUAGUAAUAGUAAUAGUAAUAGUAAUAGUAGUAAUAGUAAUAGUAAUAAUAGUAGUAGUAAUAAUAAUAAUAAUAAUAAUAAUAAUAAUAAUAAUAAUAAUAAUAAUAAUAAUAAUAAUAAUAAUAAUAAUAAUAAUAAUAAUAAUAAUAAUAAUAAUAAUAAUAAUAAUAAUAAUAAUAAUAAUAAUAAUAAUAAUAAUAAUAAUGGCAAUGGUAAUUGUAAUGAUAAUAAUAGGUUUAACAGUAAUAACGAAUAUGACCAUAAUCCGAGUUUCCAAGGAACUACAGAAACAAAUGCCUACAGUAAUGAUAAUACUAACGUUAAUAAUAAUCAACUAAUGAGCUCAGAUAGUUUAAAUUAUAAAUUUAAGAAUAUGAGAAUAAAUUCAAAUGAUAACAGCUCAAUAAGCAUACAUAAUAGUUCUAAUAUGAGCACACCCAGUAAUUAUGUAAAAUAUAUGAAUAAUACUAAUAAUUACUGUAAUACUAGCAAUCACUUUGUUAAUCAUUUUGUUAAAGUAAACAUGAAUAAUGAAAUUUCUUUUAAAAGCAAUAACAUGAAUUCUAGUUAUUUAAGGAGCGCUAUAGACGGAAAAAUUUAUUCACAUAAUAAUUAUAAUUAUGAUGACCAUAAUAACCGUAUUGAUAACAAUUUCAACCACAAAUACACAAAAACGAAUAAUAGAAGUAAUAGUUAUACCAAUGGAAAUAUAAAUAAUGCAAUAUAUAGUGGUAGCAAUGAACAUGCAAACAUACUUUCAAAACGAACUACAAAAAAUAGUUCCCAUGAAAAUAUAUUUAAUCACAAUACUUCUAACAUAUUUGAUAACAAUACUUCUAACAUAUUUAAUAAUAAUAAUUCUAACGUAUUUAAUAAUAAUAAUUCUAUCAUAUUUAAUAACAAUGAUUCUAACAUAUUUAAUAACAAUACUUCUAACAUAUUUAAUAACAAUACUUCUAACAUAUUAAAUCAAAAUCCUUCAGACAUAUUAUAUCAAAACACUUCUAAUAUAUUUAAUCAUAAUACGUCCAACAUUUUUAACAAUAAUAUGUCCAACAUUUUUAAUCAUAAUAAGUCCAAUGAAUUUAAUAAUAAUGCAUCGAACGUUUUUAAUCAUAACACGUCGAAUAUCAUUAACUAUAAUGUAUCUAACAUUUUUAAUCAUAAUAUUUCCAAUAUUCUUAAUAAUAGUGACAAUUUAAAUGAUUUUUCUAACAAUAUAAAUACCGUUAUGUAUAGAGAUCUCAAUAAUAUAAAUAACAUUUUUAAUAUACAAAAUGGUGAUCAAAAUGAGUUAAAUUAUCAAAAUUCAGUAUUUAGUAAUAAUAGUAAAAUGCAGAAUUCGUCUCAUAAUAAUAGUAAUACAAGUAGUAUAUAUAAUGAGCAUUUUCAUCACAUAAAUGAGAACAAGGUAAAAAAUCAGUCUACUCUUUUAGAGAAUGUAACAAACAACUAUCAAAAUAUAUAUGAACAACAGAUAAAUAGAUUGGAAACCUUUUUAACGAAUGCCCAAAAUAAUAAAAAUGUUAUAUAUAGAAAUAAUGUAUUUCCGAAUAAUAAUAAUUAUUUUAGACAUCAAAAUUUAACCACUAAUUGCAUUAACUAUGAAAAUUCGUACAAUAAUAACACCAAUAAUAGCAAUGAUAACAGUAACAGCAGCAGUAGUAUUAACCACUUAGAAUAUAUCAAAACCCUUAAACAAGAAAUAAAGGACCCAGAUGAUAAUGCAGGAAUUUUAAAUCACGUAUAUUACAUGAAAAACAAUGAUAUUUUGGAUAAUCAAAAUUGUAAUAGUAAUAGCAAUGAUAGCAGCAGUAAUAAUAAUAAUAAUAAUAAUAAUAGUAGUAGUAAUAAUAAUAGUAGUAGUAAUAAUAAUAGUAUUAAUAAUAAUAACAAUGGUAGCAGUAAUAAUAAUAAUAAUAGUAGUAGUAAUAAUAAUAGUAUUAAUAAUAAUAACAAUGGUAGCAGUAAUAAUAAUAAUAGUAGUAGUAAUAAUAAUAGUAUUAAUAAUAAUAACAAUGGUAGCAGUAAUAAUAAUAAUAGUAGUAGUAGUAAUAAUAAUACGGAAAUAAUGCAAAUUGUUCCUAGUAACUGUUCCCAACAUAUGGAAUACAAUUAUGGUGUUUUUUCCUCAAUUAACAUUGACGAAAUGAAUCAAAACGUAAAUUUAAAUUAUUUAUUAAACAAUUCAUUAAACAAAGGAAAAGAUAACCAAUCGGGAAUUUUACAAAAAGAAAUUUAUACAAAACAAGAUCAAAUAAAUUAUGUUUAUGAUGAAAAUACACAAGAAUAUAAUAAUUUAAGAAAUGCUAUUAAAAAUGAAAAUACAAAUAUGUAUGGAAUGAAUACAAACAACAUAAAUCCGCAAGAUAUAGAAUUAAAUGAUACUUCUAAUAAAAACAUUUAUAAUAUUAGCCCCAUAGAAGACUCUGAUAUUUCUAUAAAAAAAACAAAUUAUUUUUUGAAUUAUAACAAUAAUAUUUAUUAUUCCACUUUAAAAAAUAAGUAUAAUAAGAAUGGGGUAAUCCAAAUUAAUGAUCAAUAUCAAUAUGAAGAAAAUGAUAUAGAAAAAAAAAAUAAUAAAGUAAUUCAACACAUGUCUCACCAUAAAAAAUUUCCAUUUUAUCAGUUCAAAGGAAAAUAUACAUUUGACGAUGUAAAUUCUUUUAAUAAAACAUAUCAAGAAAAUGAAAAUUAUCUUAAUUACGUUGUUGAUUCGAAUAAUUACGUACAACUACCUAAUAACAAAAUAAAUGAUAAAAGUUUGGAUAAUAUCUAUGAAAGAAAAAAUCUAUAUUUCAUGAAUGAUCAACCUCCCGUAUUAUACAAAAGCGAAGAAUUUAAUAAAUACCUAACCUCAAAUAAUAAUGAGAAUAAAAAUGGAACAGACCAUAAUGAAAAUAUAAAUAUCAUAAACCUUAGAGAAAGUAAUAUGUAUGACUUUGAAAUAGAUAAUCCAAACAACAUUUACGCAGAAAAUUGUAAUAAAGUUAAUAAUAUUAACAAAAUUUUAGUGGAAAAUAGUAAAAGUUACAUUAUGACAAAAGAAAAAAACAAUAGAUAUGAUUAUAAUAAUUAUUAUCUAAUGUUACCAAAUUACAAUAAUGUUCAUACUCUGAAUAAUCACACAAUAAAUAAUCACACAAUAAAUAAUCACAUAUUGAAUCAUCACACACUGAAUCAACACACAAACAAUUUUCCACUUUUAAUUAAAGAUAAUAAAGAUGACAAUUUUUAUGGGGAAAACAAAAUUUAUAAUGUUGACAACUCCAAAGAUUUAAUUAAUAACAGGAAUAAUGGCAACACUUGUAUUAACGACAUCAUCAACGGAAAUAAUAGAAACUGUACGAAUAUGUAUAAUAACAAUAUUACAGAUACGGAUGAAAGUUUAAAUAUCAGUAGAAAUUAUUUAAGUAACGAUAAUAUAAAUAUUAACAACUCUAUAAUAUGUGAUAAUUUUGCAUAUUUACAACAUUCCAAAAUUUAUACACAGGAGGAUAACAAUGAAACACAACCCUUACCAGAAAUUAAUGAUCAUUAUACAUCAAAUAGAAUAUUGUGCUUAAAGAAUGGAAAAGAUCUUCAGGCUAGUGAUAUUGAACUAGUGAAGGAUAUACAAAAUAAUAAUAAAGAGAUAUGUACUAUUAAAAAUAUAAAAACUAAUUGUCUAGAUGUGAAACGAACGCAAGAUAUUGAUAAUUAUAUUCCUAAUAGUUAUAAUCAUAAUCAGCAAUUUAAUAAUAAUAUCUCCUAUUAUGGUAAAUUAGAAAAUGUUAACCUAGUUAAUGAUGAGGAAAAAAAUAAAUAUGAAAACUUUUACAUAACAAAUUAUUCUCAGAAUGAUAACUAUAAUGCAAAAAAUGAUGACAUGCAUUAUGAUGAUAACGUAAACAAAAGGUAUAAAAAUAAUGUCAUCGAUACUUUUGCUUUUUAUAAUUCUUCAAAUAAAUUUGCAGCUGGAAAUGAUAUAAACGAUACAAAUUAUAAAUAUAUAAAAAACGUAGACAAUAUGUCGUCUGUAUACAAAAAUUUUAAUAAUAUGAAUUUUUAUCAAGGAAUGUAUAAUGAAAAUAAUAGAAUAACUACGGAAGCAUCAAAAAAUUUUCAUUAUUCUAUACCUACUUUAUAUAAACAAUGUGAUAAUAAGACAGAUAUAGAACCUUUAAACGAAAAUAACCAAAUAGAUUAUCAAUAUAUUUUGAAUAACAAUUUCAAUAAAAUAAAUAAAAGAUAUCUCCAAAAAAAUAUAGAGACUUAUGACAGCAUAUAUAACAACAUACAUAAAAACAAUAUUAAAAAUAAUUAUACAAAUGAACCUCUUUUGAAUGGAGGUGAUGAAAAGUAUGAUCAAACACUUAGUUUAACAUCAAAAAAAUCACCUUUUUAUUAUAUGAAUGUCUUAAGAGACAAGAGUUUUAUACGCAACCUCAAGGUUAAUGAUAUUAGUAAAAAGACAAAUUUUAAUAAUAUUAAUAAUGUUAAUAAUAUUUGUACAAUUUUUAAUUCUGAUGAUAUUAUAAAUAUUUUUAACAAUAACCUAAGACAUACCUGUAACAAUAAUACUAUCAUGGAUCUCAAUAAUUCCACGUUUAAUAAUACAGAUAAUUAUAAUUUCCAUAAUAAUUUUAGCGUAAAUAACAUUAAGAAUGAAACCAACAUUCAGAAUGCACAAUAUAGGAAUAAUGACGAUUCAACCGAUAGUAUUACUAAUUGUUAUAAUAAUAGAAAUUCCAGCAAUGCCAUUAGAAGUUGUACUAGUAAUAUUACCACUUAUAGAAAUAACAUUAGCGAGUGCAUUUCUUUUGAUAAUUGUAAAAAUGUACCUUUGUACGACAAUUUUUUCCUCGAAAAAAUGAAAGACAUGAAUAUAGGAAAAGACAAUUAUACGAAUGAUGUGCUCAUUUUUAAUAAUUUAGUACAUGAUCAUUCAAAUGAUGAUAGUAGAACAAAUAAAGGAUUUAACAGAAUGAUUAACAAUAAUGCAAAUAAUAAUUCUUUAAAAGAAACAAAUAUGAAUGAUUUUUAUAAAAGUAAGAAUGUAAAUGAGGGGAAUAAUAUACCGUACAACAUAGAAAACAAUAGUUAUCACACACUAAACAAUAUUAACAAUAUAAAUGAUUCUAAUUUGUAUAGUGAUGAUUAUAGAUACACAUACAGUGUGAAUCACCAACAAAAUUCAUACAGUGAUGAAAAUAAUGCUUACGAAGAUAGAAAUUAUUUAAAUUUCAAAAACACGAGCAAUUGUACUGAGAAUAAUUCUUAUAUCCUUGAGAAUAUGUGCUUAUGCAUGAACAGAAAUGUGAACCUUGAGCAAGUUGAUACAUUUAAUACGUGUGAUGUAAUUAAAGAAGUUAGCAACGACGUGAAAUAUGAUACAUGUAGUACCUGUCAUGAGAAUACUAAUAACAAUAAUAAUAGCAAUAAAAAUCAUAAUAAUAACAAUAAUAAUAAUAAUGAUAAUGCAAAAAUAAAAAAUCAAAUAAUUUUACCUAAUUUACUUGAAAAUGGAACUUUUGAAAAUUAUAACAAUAAUUCUUCCUUAAUAAAUAACUUUAAUAAAAAUAAGUUCACAAUUACUCCUCAUCAAACUGAUAACACAAGUACAAAGGAUAAGUUAAGCAAUAAUAUUCAAGAAGAAUUUAAAAAUUCAGCUAAUCCUACAAGUAGUAAAUGUUUACAAAAUUUUGAAAGAAAUACCUUGAACAUAGUAAGUAAUAAUUUAAUUAAUUUAAGUGAUUCAAAACAUAUUAAUGACAUAAAUAAUAAUUUCAAUAAUUCAAUAAAUUUACAAGAACUAAAAUCAAAAAAUAAGUCUAUCACAGAUUAUAAUAAAAGUAAUUGUAACACAAAUAAUGCAAUUGAUUUAAAAUAUAUAAACGAAUUAAAUAAGUGUCUAAACGCAACUACCAAAAAUGACACAAAAAUGGAUAAUAUAAAUUCCCCGUUGGACAACGUUAAUAUGACUAAUAAUAUAAUCAAUAAUGAUAUUUUAAGUUCUUGCAUAAGCAGUAAUAUAAAUAAGGAAGAUAAUGCUAAUAAUAAUAGUAACAAUUAUUUCGAUCUUCAAAACUCUUAUAAUAUUUUAGGUAAUAAUGGAAAUCUUGCUAUAAGGGAAAAUUCAGAAUUUGAUACCAAUGGUAAUAUGAAUUCUUUAAAGAAUAAUAACGUAAAUAGUUACUCUUACUUAUUGAAACUUAAUAGAGCAAAGGAAUAUUACAACUCCCUCAAUAAUAAAAAUGUAGACGAAAAAUUCAAUUAUAAUUUAAAUGCAGUAUUACAACCAGACUAUAAUAACAUAAGUAGAAAUUACACAAAUCAAAACAAAUUAGAAUUUGAUAAAAUAUGUUUGCAUUCAUUUGAUAAUAAUAAUAAUAAUAUUAAUGGAAACAAUGUUAACGCUAAUGGAGUGAACUUAAAUUGUGAAAAAGGCACGGACGUUGUAGGUAAAUACUACAACCCCUCACUUUUUAACAUCCAGACACAUGAUAAGGAAGCUUAUUUAAAUACAUCGAAAAAUAAUAUAACUUAUAAUGUAAAUAAUUAUAAAGAAUCACUUUAUCCAUAUAACGACAAACUUUGCAAUAUAGAUCCUAACAAUAAUGUAAAUAGUGAAAUUAAUAAAUAUAUUGAAACCUAUCAAAAUCAAAUAAAACAUAUUAACAAAAUUAAGGAAAACGUAAUUAAUUAUAACGGGUAUAAUUUAAGCAUUUCCAACAAGAACUGUUCCUCUAACAAUUCUUUAGAUUUACUAAAUUAUAAUUCCUCAAAUAAUAAUCCUAUAUAUAAGAAUAUAUUAAACAACAUUUAUUAUGCCAAUGAUAAUAAUAGUAAUACUCAAAAUACAACUGAGAAUUAUAAGUUAACAUUAAAUGAUAAUAAAAUUGAAAUCAUUAACAAUAUUAAUAAUAUUAGUGCUAAUGAAUUAUAUCAGUUAAAAAAAAUUUUCCAAAAUGAAAAUAGGAUGAUAAAAAAAGCUAAUCCUGGGCACAAUCCUUUAGGAAAUUAUUAUAAUUUACAGCUGUUAUUAAACUUCCUAAAGGGAAAACAAUUAUAUAAUACCUAUAAUCAAGGUAAUGUAAAAAUAAAUGAUAAUAAUGAUAAUGAGGUAAAAAAUGAUAGUAAAAGGUGUUAUUCCAUAUCUUCAGUAGGGUUCAGUAAUAGAAGCAAGAGAUGGACUAUUUGCCCUUCAUACAUAUGUUGUAACAGCGCGUUGUGUAGGUUUAAGUUAACAUGUAAUUUCAAAUUUUUACAAUUUAAUCAAGCCUAUAAUACUUUUAACAUCCCAUUUGCCAUUUAUAACUGUUACAAAAAUAUUAUGAAUAAUUACAAUUAUUUCACGUCGACCUUAUGUCCUCAACAAACAUAUUUAUCGAAACACUUAGCUCAGGAACAUGAAACUAUAUUCAACGUUUACUGGCAUCUGUUAAAUAAGGAAAAGUAUAAAUAUAUACAAAAUAUUAUAUUAUUUUUAGAUAGUAAUUUAUAUACAAGAGCAGUUUGGCUAUUAAAAAAAGGAUAUAAUAUGAACGAUUUUGAAGUUCAAAAAGCGGAAAAGAAAUUAAUAAAAUUAAUGCUUUUGGUUUUUAAAUUUACAUAUGAUUAUAAAAACGACGGUAGCAAAUAUGAGCAUAUAAAAUCCUUUUUAUACUCGUUAAAGAAUACCCAUGUAAAUUUUGAAAUUAUGAAUCGUUUCUUAUUUUAUUAG